CCCCAGGUAUUAAGAUGUGGGUAUUUUUUGAAUGUUUUCCCAUAUAAUUUCAUUUUAUUAGAGAGAUUGCAGAAAACAAAGUGAAACACCAAUACAGUAGUUUUUAGUCUGAAUAAUUUCGAUAAUUUCUUUGUUUUUCUGUGUUUUGGAGCUUCGUAGCUUGAUUAAAUGUUGAUCAAAAGAUGCUUGUCGCAACUCCAAUGCAUUGACCCAUCACUUACGGGAAAGAUAGCGUAAUUCAUUAACAUACAUGCAAAAGAGUUGAGCUUUUGAGUCUUAGUUAUCUUAUUACAGGAGUCACUGGCCCCUGAGAAGCUUUGGGCUAGCACACCAGAGGAACUAGCUUCGUAAUGGUAACCGUAGACGAGUACCGUAAAGCACGUCAAGCUCAAGGCACUGCGGCUGUGCUGGCAAUCGGAACAGCAACGCCUCCAAAUUGUGUCCAGCAGAGCACGUAUCCUGAUUACUUUUUUCGUAUUACGAAUAGUGAAAAUAAAACAGAGCUGAAACAGAAAUUUAAGCGCAUGUGUGAGAAAUCAAUGGUGAGUACGAGGUACAUGUACUUGAGCGAAGAAAUACUCAAGGAAAAUCCGAGCUUAUGUGAGCACAUGGCACCGUCCCUAGAUGCCAGGCAAGACAUUGCGAUUACUGAAGUGCCAAAGCUUGGUAAAGAAGCAGCCACAAAGGCCUUAGAGGAAUGGGGGCAGCCAAAGUCGAAAAUCACACACCUCAUCUUCUGCACUACUUAUUCUAGUGUUGAUAUGCCCGGUGCAGAUUACCGUCUCACCAAGCUUCUCGGGCUCAGCCCAUCCGUCAGGCGCUUCAUGUUGUACCAACAAGGUUGUUUUGCAGGUGGAACUGCUCUUCGUCUGGCAAAAGACUUGGCAGAAAACAACAAAGGAGCUCGAGUCCUUGUUGUUUGCUCCGAGAUUAGUGUGUUUAAGUUUCAUGCACCAAGUGAGGACCAUGUUGAUAGCCUCGUAGGCCAGGCCUUAUUUGGCGAUGGGGCUGGUUCCGUGAUAGUAGGCUCGGACCUGAUUGCUGGAGUGGAAAAACCAUUGUUUGAAAUUGUGUCUGCUGCUCAAACCAUCCUCCCAGAUAGUGAGGGCGCUAUUGUCAGUCAUCUCGGGGUCGUUGGACUUACUCUAAACCUUCUCAAAACUGUUGCUGGUCUCGUUUCAAAGAACAUUGAGAACAGUUUAGUUGAGGCCUUCCAACCCCUCGGCAUCUCUGACUGGAACUCUAUUUUUUGGAUUGCACAUCCAGGCGGUCGAGCUAUCCUGGAUCAAGUUGAGACGGAGUUAGGCUUGGUGCCCGAAAAAUUGCAGUGUUCAAGGGAGGUCCUGAGGGAUUAUGGAAACAUGUCAAGUGCUAGUGUUUUGUUCAUACUAGAUGAAAUGAGAAAGGCUUCGGCUAAGGAUGGACAGAGAACUACCGGAGAAGGACUUGAUUGGGGUGUUUUAUUUGGUUUCGGGCCUGGUAUCACUGUCGAAACUGUUGUUCUUCACAGUGUGCCUACUUGAGGCUUCAUAUGGUUCAUUUAGUUUGCAUGCAAUUCUGAUAUGCUUACAUCUGUUUUUAAUUCUGUGAUUCAUUUGGGUGUUUACAAUUUACAUG